GAAGUACCAAAACAGUGGGUGGGCAGCAGUGUGCGCUCAAGUGGCGACUUGAACGCACGUUUGAAAGCGUAAUUCAUCGUCCAAAUUAUAUUUCUAUUUCGCUGGCUGGCGUUUGAAUCGGUUCACAAGUGAAACUCGUUUCGUUUCGUCAAUAGAAUUGUGUGUUCUCAAUACGUCAACAAUUGGGGUUUCCUCCUCCUAAACAAAACAUAACGUAGAUCACCAAUUUCAGAUUAGUGGACAGGACUUGUACUUCAGCAAACCUCUCCUAACCGAAAAAAAAAACAGACCCACACACACACCAUGCGUGAAAUAACGCUUCUUCUAGUGCCAUUGCUCUUCGUCCUCUUCAUCUGCUCCGUCCAAGGUCAUUUGCUCCGGCGGAGGAAUUACAAGCCACUGCCAUGGAGACCGGAUACCCGGCUACAUAAAAGACAAGUGAAUUUUGGAGAAGAGGAAACGUCAGAAAUCAGCAGUCUCACCACGGGUUUUAACGGGGGUGGAAUAAACGAUUGUCAAACUCCAGAAGGAGUCGUAGGAACCUGCACACCCUUGACAAAUUGUCCGCAUCUGGCUGACAUGUUAUCUGUACCAAGCCCGGCUAUACUCAACUUUCUUCGACAAUCCAUUUGCGGUUAUGAAGGUUACGACCCUAAGGUGUGUUGUUCGUACCCAACGGGUAUGGAAAAUGUCGACUCAUCGGCGUUCUUCUUCGGAGAAUCCACCGGAGAAAUACCUCCGCCAUUCGUUCCGAAACCACCGGUACGUCCACCGCCACACCCGGGUCGGCCUAGCGUUUUGCCAGCUCGAUGUGGAAAUACCAACGCCACAAGUACCCGAAUUGUUGGUGGUGAGGAUGCUCCACCAGGUGCCUGGCCAUGGAUAGCACUUCUGGGCUACAAGGAUCCUAUUACGCAGCAGGUUGACCACUUGUGUGGUGGUGCUUUGAUCAGUUCGCAAUAUGUAAUUACAGCAGCUCAUUGCGUUUACAACAAAAAAGAUUUGUAUUCGGUUCGUGUAGGAGAGCACGUUCUCCAAAGUGACAUGGACGGUAAUAGACAUCAAGAUGUGCUGAUUGCGAGUCGCAUGCCGCACGAAGGCUUCGAUUCCGUUAGCUUUCAGAAUGAUAUCGCCAUCUUGAAACUGGCUGUGAGAGUGGAAUUUACAGCGGAAGUGCAACCUAUAUGCUUGCCCAUGGAUCCAUUGAUCCGAAAUAAAAAUUACGUCAGGUCCAAUCCGUUUGUCGCAGGGUGGGGAGCAACAUCUUUCAAUGGACCAUCAAGUUUGACGCUCAGAGAAGUGCAGAUUCCCGUCGUUACGCAAGAAAGCUGCAAAGAAUCCUACAAGAAUUUUAAAACGGUUGUUGUUGACCAAUCCGUUUUGUGCGCUGGACUGGGUAAAGGAGGCAAAGAUGCGUGUCAGGGAGAUUCUGGGGGACCUUUGAUGAUCCCUGAUAAAGAUCGCUUCUAUUUACUUGGCGUCGUCUCAUUUGGCUACAAAUGCGCGGUGCCCGGAUUUCCUGGCGUCUACACCCGAAUUCCUUUUUAUCUCGAUUGGAUUUUGUCCAAAAUGCAAUAAAUUAACAUUAAUGGAGCCUGGAAGUUGGAAAUUUGAAAAUCAAUACUCUUGUAUCUUACCGAGUUUACACGAUUCUGUUGGAAAAUUAUACUAGCUGACAUAUGAGGUAUAGAUUUAUCCUCGAAUAUGUAUGAUUAUAUAUUAUGCAAUUGAAUCCAAGUAUUACGAAAUGAAUGAUGUCGCAGAAUUCGAAGAAUAGAGUACCGUCGUUAGAGUUUUA